AUGCUGUUUUUAGAGACAUAUUUUUAAAAAUUUUACAUUUCUUCUGAUCCUUACGAUCAUUAAUCCACAAGACACAGCGGAAAUUUAAAAUAUUUAACUUACAAUGUUUUUCAGAUCACAUUUUAAAUUUCCGCUAUACUUUAAUAUAGUUUGGAAUAAAAAUCGAUCAGAGUCCCUUUCAAUUCUAAUUUUUUGCAGAUUUUGCACAUCGUGCGCCAAAUCCGAAUGCAUCAGCUACAGCCACGAUUUAUCGUGUUACUGUGAACCAUAUGAUAAUAUUUGGCGACGAUCUGGUUUUGAAACUGCUAGAUGGUGUCAAAAAUACGAAUUGAUUUGUGAUGAGAAAAAGCGGCGAGAAAAAGGAACCGAAUUAGUGCAAUUGAUGCAGGAUAAAAUUAAAGUUCAUUAUAGGUGUGUGAGGUAUUUACAGUAGUUUUCUGGACCCACUUUUUUCCAGAUGCUUGCAUUUAUUCAAUUUGCCAAGUGUAAUUUGUGACCCAUUUUCGACAAGAUUUGAUUGGUAUCGUUGUAUGAAGGUAAAUUAAUAAUAAUAAUAUCUUUAUUCUCCUCAUUAAUUAAUUAAUUCCAGUUUAUCUUCGAUUGUGAAUUAAUUUCUGAUUGGGAUGACGAUGAUUAUGAAGAUGUUGGAGUAAUUCAUGGAGAAGGACCAAAAACAACACCACAGGUUCGUUUAGCUCUCGUUGUUAGCUUUUUCGUAUUCAAUUUUCUCAUUAUUCAAAUUUCGCUAGAACAAAACAAAUAAACAAAAAAGAGUAAAUGAAUAUAUCCAUCUUUAAUUAUUUGCAGCCAAAGACCGCGCAUUACAAAAAGGAGGAAAUAUCAAUUUCAGAUCAAGCUGAGACGUUGUUGAGUAUGUUAUUUGAGAAAAAAGAAAAGGGUUUGAGGGGAUAUUCAGUGAAACUUAAAAAUGUUCCAUAUUGGGUGUACCCGUUGUCAGCUAAUGUUUUCCAGAAAGUGGUGUUACCAAAGAUCAAUUGGCUGCAAAUGCUGCAAUUCGAAACAAGGAGAAAGAACUGGAAACUGUUAUCAAAGGAACACCAGGAAAAUAA